GCAAAUUCAUUUCUUCGUAGUCACAAUGGGAGCCAAGCCAUCGACGCUGUCCCCUGAAGAGCUGUCUGAGCUGCAGGAGACGACUGGCUUCACACCAAAUCAAAUCAAGCGGUUGUAUCACCGAUUCAAGAAUCUGGACAAGGACAACACGGGCACGCUCAACAGCGACGAGUUUCUUGCCAUUCCCGAGCUCGCCAUGAACCCGCUCGCCCCGCGAAUUAUUGCAGUGUUUGACAUUGAAAAGGCAGACAUGGUCAACUUUGGGCAAUUUUUGCGUGUCCUGUCUGUCUUUCAAGCAGACCGAUCACGAGAAGACAAAGUUCGCUUCGCCUUCCGUCUGUAUGAUGUGGAUAAUGAUGGUUUUGUUUCUCCAGCAGACUUGCAUGAAGUCCUCAAGAUGCUCGUUGGCGUGCAUGUGAGCGAAGACCAACUCCGUCAGAUCAUUGACAGCACUAUUCAAGAAGCUGAUACAAUUGACCACGACGGCAAGCUGUCCUUCCCAGAGUUUGCAGAGGUAUUGAAAACGACCGACAUGGCCUCAAAGCUGAGCAUUGCGUUCUAGUGGGACUGGGACCGACUCGGUGUCUCCAACCAAAGCAAUCCAUCUUGCUGGUCGUUGCGGCUUUAAAAUGUGUAAUACAGUUUUUUUGGAAUUC